AUGGAGGUCGCAGGUUUAGCUUUUGCUGCAUUUUCCUUGUUCAGUGAACUCGAGGCCUGCGGCAAAAGUCUCUGUCGAUUCUCUCGAGAUAUUCGCAUGGCCAAGAAGGAGGUCAAAUUGCUCAAAUACGAAAUUGCAAACUGUCGGGUGCUAGCGAGCAUUUUCGAGGAGGUUAUCAGCCCUAUUCAAAACAAUGUUAUGCGAAUUGCUAGGGAGAAGAACCUCGAUCAACGACUUCGUGAUCAAUCAAAGUUGGCGCACGACCAGAUUCGAGAGAUUACCCACAAACUCAAGCCAUUACAUCGGGGCAAAAGUACUGGGUUCCAGAAAUUCCGCGCACAGAUUCGAUGGCAUUUCACGAAAGAUGACUUCCAAUUUCCGAUGGCUACACUUGAAAGCGUAAAAUCCAGCCUCGGUCUAUUGGCAUCACUCUCGGUUCUCGACUCUGCUAUUGCCGACUUUGCCCGGGUUCCGAAUUCAGAUUCUAUAAGAAUGUCACAGGCUCUUGAGAAGAUAACAGCCUUGAAAAAGCAGACUCGCCGAACAGAACGACAAUUCAGCGACUCGAUGAGAGUACUUCACGAGCAAAAUCGUCUUGAUGGACAUCCGGACAGUGCGGGUAAUAUCCGAGUGAUAACCAUUAUCAUCAAAGAGAUUAAAAAUGGCACCGUCAAAGAUGCACAAGACUUGGUUGAGAGAUUUUCCAACCAGUCCCAAGUUAAGCCUCCUACAGGCUUAGAUGUUUCCUCACAGUUGACUUCUGCGGACGACAUGUACUCACCAUCUCCUGGCCUCGUCAGAAUCAGGACCACCCAGCACGCAAGCGGACCGAAGAAUCCUUCUAUUCGCUCUCGAAGCUUCACCCGAGACAGCAUCCGUACCCCUGCUAAAGAGUUGACGCCAGUUGGAAGUGAGCUGGGACGGGGGAAGCUCGCGAGAAUAGCCCAGGCUCUUCUCGUCAUAGCUACCAGGUUAUGGUUGCGCCUAGGGCCCAAUUUCCUAUUUCCCAUGCCUUCGAUGAGACAGCCACGGACACUCCGCAUUCCCCCAGCGCAUCGCGAAGCAUAUACCAACCAAUGCCCCCUUUCAAUGAUUCUGACCUGCGGGAGAGGGAGAUACGAAGCCGUCAUCGAAGUCAAAGGGGAGAAUGAGAAUGACAAGCGAGACUUGAGGGAUUGUUGA